GGAGUAAUGGGUGCGAUGGCUGCCCCGGAUCGGCACGGUCGGCCACUGACCGGAGUUCCAUCCGCACCUCCUGGAGAUGAGUUUCAGUCCUGGUUGGAAGCGAACUUGUGGGAUGGCCUGAGAGUGGAAUGCAACAGCCAAAGGCGGAAGCACCAGAGGUCACCGUCCACGCCGCGAGAGGGCUGUCGUUUGAUGUUGCGCAUGCAGCGCAAACUUAAUCUGGUGUAGAAAAGGCAGGAGAGCAGAUUGUCUCUACGGCACGGAGCUGUCAAUGUCAGCGUCACUUCGCAGACGAGUAGGCAACGCGGCUGGCGAGAGAUGCAGUAUUACUGCUAAAGAUCCCAUUUGUCCUUUCCCCCUGUACCCUACCUGGAUUAAUAUAUGCUUCAGCUGUUUCGCUGCAUGUGGACAGAAGUUCGAAAGCAAUGCUCGUUGGUAUUUUUCCACCUCUCUUUCCCUGCUUUAUUACCGAUGCCUGGAUAGCUCCUUCGUAACACCCUGAUUAAACGUUUAACUGAAACGCAACAGGAGGAUUUUUGCAGCAGCGCGAGAGGACGUCCGCCUUUAAUCGUCGCCAAGUUUCGUCUGUGCCGGCGGGAUGAGCGUGAGCGUCGCCGAGAAGCGCUACCCGGUGGACCUGGGGGGCAACUUUACGGAGGAUGCUCCGAGACCCCCCGUCCCCGGGGAGGAGGGGGAGCUGGUGUCUGGCAAUGUGCGGCAGUAUAGCUACAGCUUCUGUGCCGCCAAGAGCGAGGCCUCGACGGCAACGCCGCGGCGGCCUGACCUGGACCUGGGCUAUGAGCCUGAGGGCAGCGCCUCCCCCACCCCGCCCUAUGUCAAGUGGGCCGAAUCCCUGCACUCGCUGCUGGACGACCAGGACGGCAUCCACCUUUUCAGGACGUUCCUCAAGCAGGAGGACUGCGCCGACCUCCUGGACUUCUGGUUCGCCUGCAGCGGCUUCCGGAAACUGGAGGCCGGAGAGUGUGGCGAUGAGAAGAAGCUGAAGCUGGCCAAGGCCAUCUACAGGAAGUACAUCCUGGACAACAAUGGCAUCGUGUCGAGGCAGAUCAAGCCUGCUACCAAGAGCUUCAUAAAAGAAUGCGUGAUGAAGCUGCACAUCGACCCCGCCAUGUUCGACCAGGCGCAGACUGAGAUUCAGACCAUGAUGGAAGACAACACGUACCCCGUCUUCCUGAAGUCCGACAUCUAUCUGGAAUACACCCGGACCGGUGGCGAGAGUCCCAAGUUGUACGGCGAUCAGUCGUCGUCUUUGGGGAAUGGCAAGGUUCCGCCCGGAUACUUACCGACCUUGAACGAAGACGAAGAAUGGCGGUACGGCCGCGAGCCGGAGGAGCAGCACGAGUGCCAGUCGACGCCCUCGAACCGGCUGACCGAGAAGCUGCUUAUGGAGACUGCAUCUCAAAGAGCCGUCACUGGCAGGAGAUACCAGGGCAACCAGGAGUACAGGCACGCCACGUGGAGGGGACCCAUCAACCCGUACUACAUGAACACGGGCUACGCCCGGGCCCCCGCCACCAGCGCCAACGACAGCGAGCAGCAGAGCAUGUCCAGCGACGCCGACACCAUCUCGCUGACCGACAGCAGCCUGGAUGGGAUUUCACCCUACAGGUACCGCAAGCCGAAUCGACGGGAGAUGCAGGAGAGCGCCAAAACCAAUGGGCGUGUGCCCCUACCUCACAUCCCUCGCACGCAGCGGAUGCCGAAGGACGUCCACGUCGACCCGGAUAAAUUUGCGGCAGAGCUGAUCAGCCGGCUGGAGUGUGUGCUGAGGGAGAGGGAGGCGCAGGAGAAGCUGGAGGAGCGUCUCCGGAGGGUGCGGCAGGAGGAGGAAGGUGAUGAGGCUGACAUCUCCACAGCGCCCUCUCUGGUCAGCCACAAGACUGCAGCAGGUUCCCAGCACUAUGGCACCCGGUACUGCGAGACCACGUACAACGUGGUCCAGCUACGAGAUGCCCACGAGGAGGAUCCCGAGUCCAUCCUGGACGAGCACGUGCAGCGUGUCAUGAAGACGCCAAGCUGCCAGUCGCCGGGCAACGGGCGCUACUCGCCCAAGACGCGCUCGCCGGACGGGCUCCCGGGACCCGGGAAGCACCCGGCCAAGUGCGGGCCGAAGCCGGAGCCGGCGGGGGUUUACCACCACAAGCACGCAUAUCACGGGCACCAUGGGGGCGGCGUGAAACCCAAAGACCACGGCGACCCCGAGGCCCCGCAGAGGAGCACCCUCUCCUGGAACCUGGAGCCACAUCACUACGCAGGCAGGCCGCGCUUCCCCGACAGCUCGGGGCCGGCCCCGGGACCCCUGGACCCUCUCGCACACAGUGGCAAGGGUGGUGCGCCGACGAAGAGGGCGUCAAAGAAGGCAGAACCAGGGGUGGGCUUGGAGGCCCUGAUGACCACAGACGACCUGGGGAGGAACCAGAAGAUCAUGCAGUGGAUGAUGGAGGGGGAGAAAGAGGCAGGCCGCCAGAAGAGGUCCCCCUAUGGGAGUAUCGCUGGGGCCAAGAAAGGUCAGGGCCAUGAUGCGUCGCGGGUGGGAUCAGUGGAGCGCCCUGGGGCCAUCUACCCCUGGGUCAGCACGCAGCUCUGGAACGGCGCCCAGCCUUCGCACCCCUUCAUCCAGGACCCAACCAUGCCCCCCAACCCGGCACCCAACCCCCUCACCCAGCUGGAGGAGGCUCGCCGGCGGCUUGAGGAGGAGAGGAAGAAGCAGGGUGCUGCACAGUUGAAGCCGAGGCACAAGGCGGCGAAGAAGCCAGCAUGCGAAAACAUCACGGUGGCUUAUUACUUCUGCGGGGAGCCCAUCCCGUACAGGACGUCGGUCAAGGGCCGGGUCGUCACCCUCGGCCAGUUCAAGGAGCUGCUCACUAAGAAGGGGCUGUACAGAUAUUAUUUUAAGAAAGUGAGCGACGAGUUUGACUGCGGCGUCGUAUUCGAGGAGGUACGUGAUGACGACGCCGUCCUGCCCAUCUUCGAGGAGAAGAUCAUCGGGAAGGUGGAGAAGAUCGACUGAGAGGCUUCAGUCGCUCAUGGAGACGGGGAGCCGGAAACGGCUCAGAGGGACGCAGGGAGGCGGGCAUGUGAAGGGAGAGCGGGGACGUCACUGACUCACUGCCGGCGCGUCUCCCACGUGAAGCACAGGAGCGAGAGGUGGCUUUUGCAACAUCUGAAAAACAUAAUCUCCCCGCCCCCUUCCUGGGGUCCCUCCUGGCCAAUCAGUGCUGAGAACACAAAUGGUGCUUUGACACAUAGAAGCUGCACAGUGGUGCAGGGUGGAAGACUGGAAGUUAAAAUAGGAUGCCGGAAACUUCCACUGGCAUUUGUCAGACUUUAACUGUAAUGUAGCAUUGUAAAGGUGUAUUAGACAAAAUGUACUAUGAAUCUGUACAAAAGCUGCAUAUUUUUGAUAUUGUGUCAUAGAAGGGAAAUAGCCUUUUUAAUGUAAUUAUUAUAAUGUAAUUUUGAUAUGCACAGGUACUAAAUUUACCAGAUAUGUAUAGUCAGUCUAAAAAGUUAUUCUGUAUUUAUAAAAUUAUUUUAUAAGAAAAAAAUUGCUUUAAACUCCAAGCAUUUAACGGACGAGAUACUGUUCCAUUUCCUGAUAACUGUUCUUGGCUGGGUCGCUUCUCUCGGGCAUUCAGACCCCUCGUGAUGUACCUGUUUGUUUUUCCCCAUCGUCGUUGUGCUUAACAUGAGGAAUCGGCUCGGAGUCGCCGGCUGCUCACUGCGGAUAACGGUGACACGCUUCUCCUGGAGUGGACUUCAGUCGUGAAGAUGGUUCCGGCUGUCAGAUCGAGUGAAGCCAGACUAUAUGUCACCUCUCCGGAGGCGGCGGCUGACAGACCCGCUACCUCGGGAUCGCCAUUAUAUCUGUUUACACGGCAGUCUGCUCGGUGCGUGUGUGCGUCUCUCUCUCUAAAACGGACGGAAAGCGUCAGCAAAAGUCAUGAAACCAUGGAUGACACAAACCUGUUCAAAUGAAACAAGUCCAGGCAAAAGAAAACUAAACUGUCAAAUAUGUUGCUUAGAGAAGUAUGGAAUGGAGAAAAUUAAUCCCAUUUUAAAAUACCCCUUGACAAUUAAGGGUGUACUUAACAAGACUUUUAAAGGGUAAUCUACAGAAGUUGGGUGGGUUAACAUGUCCUUUAGUAUGAUAGCAAUUGAAGCAAAAUCUAGCUUUUUUCCGCGUGUAAUAUAACAAGUUUCCAUGGGGUGGUUUACCUACAAUUCCCAGUAUGCAUUUCACCUUCGCCACUUGCCCCCGUCUCCUGGCAGCGCAGAUCCCAGAGAUUGGCGUGAAUAUCCUAUUAUGUUUGAUUUGGGAAAACGGAAGCACGAUAAGGUGGCUGAAAUUCACCUUCAGAUGAUUUUGUAGGAUUAUUGUCUUGGGGUGAAAUUGCCGUUUGCUAAUGCUUAAAAUGAUAGGUAUCUUUCUGUGAUGGAGCACUGAGAAAAAGACAUUUCUGAUUUUAUCACGUACAAGAUUCAGGUUUACAUUGUACUUUGGCAGACUUAAGGAAGAACUUAAACGUACAUCAUUCUCAACAUAUUGUGGCUGAAUCCAGGUGCCUGGUAGUAUUUUAGUCCUUAAAAUUUGUACCUUUAAUAUAAAUCUCUACUUUUUGCUGGAUCGUGGAAAUGCCAAAGAGCAUGAUAUACAAUAGAGAUUAAAUAUUUGUAUUCUUUUUUUAUUUUAAAGGUAUUUUACUACUUCAUACAGUAGUGGCUUCACAAUUGUGUGUGCGUGUGUGUUUUGUCUCUCAUUUUCAAGGUUAUGAAGUUGUGCAAAAUGUAAUGUGUAUUUAAUUCUGGAAAACAUGAACACGUUUUCCUAAAUUACGAAGGGGAAAAAUAGGCCUAAUGGAAAUGCUUAAAUCUGAACUGCUGGAUGUACCUACGUGCUAUAUUCUCACCAACAGCGUCCCGCCAAAUGUUAUUUUUGUAUUUAUUCUCGCACUCAUAUGCAGUACUUCGGGAUCUUAAAUAGUAUUAGGACGUGAACGGAAGCCGGUGUGUCCGUCCUGAAAUUGCAUUUGCUGUGUUUACCAGGAUCCUCUCUGAAAUAAAAUGGUAAAGCAUUUACUGUGGAACUCCCCUCUCCUCCCACAAAAUGAAAUCUCCUAGUUUUAAUAAGUUAGUAUAUUAUAUAAAUGUCUAUCACAGAGUGCCUUUUCGAUUUCGAUGCAUUCUCUUGUCUGUUUUCGAUUUCCCAAUGUCGAAGGUUUACUUCCAUCCAGGGACUAGUGUCGUCGUUUGGCAUUUCAUUAUGGUGACUCAGAGUUAGUAUGACUGUGUAAAUAUGUAUAUUUUCAUACGUGUCCUCGGCCAGCUGAACAUCAGAAUGUUUAAUGCCCUGAUCGUAUUCCAACGUGCUGAUUUGUACAGUUGUCUUUUAAAAGGUACUUGGACAAUAAAGGCGAUAAAAUAAAACACAU